CAGACUGCAUGCAGUUUGGUAUUAAAAUGUUUUCAGUAGCCCCAACCAUUGUGUUCUUAUACAUUUGAGAUGACAGACAGACGUUGAGACAUUUUGGCGAAUUAUAACUUUGUAUAAAUAGCGAGGACUGACGGCGCUCGGCGGCCAGCAGCCUUCCUGUUGUUAUUUUUUUCAGAGUGUAUUUAAAACGUGCAAAGGUACUGUAGGCAGAGCAAGCUAGCUUUAGCUUACGUUAGUCAGGUCGGACGGCGACGAGGCCCAAGCCGGACGGGAACACGGGUGAGCCAUGGCUAACAUCGCAGUUCAGAGGAUAAAACGGGAAUUCAAGGAAGUGCUUAAAAGUGAAGAGACUAGCAAAAACCAGAUAAAGGUGGAUCUGGUGGACGAAAACUUCACAGAACUUAAAGGAGAGAUAGCAGGGCCACCUGACACGCCAUAUGAAGGAGGUAGAUAUCAACUAGAAAUUAAAAUCCCAGAGACGUAUCCAUUCAAUCCACCCAAGGUUCGGUUUAUCACGAAGAUCUGGCAUCCCAAUAUCAGCUCAGUCACAGGUGCAAUAUGUCUGGACAUUCUUAAAGACCAGUGGGCGGCAGCUAUGACACUGAGGACAGUUCUCUUGUCAUUACAAGCCUUACUGGCAGCCGCAGAACCAGAUGAUCCACAGGAUGCUGUGGUAGCUAAUCAGUACAAGCAGAAUCCAGAGAUGUUUAAACAGACAGCGAGACUCUGGUCUCACGUCUACGCAGGCGCUCCCGUCUCCAGUCCGGAGUACACACGCAAAAUAGACAAACUCUGUGCCAUGGGCUUUGAAAAAAAUGCAGUAAUAGUGGCAUUGUCGUCGAAAUCCUGGGAUGUGGAGACGGCGACAGAGCUGCUGCUCAGUAACUGAGUACUUCUGGCACCUCCUUCAUCUUCCACUUAAUCCCAAUCUCUCCCUCCUACCCACACAUCCUCUCUCUCUCUCGAAUUCCCACUGUCUGAAGGCGUCUCUUCCCUUAAUGUACCCUCUGUUUUAAAGUGGACUCCUCACAUCUACACUUGCCCUCUUCUCCAGCCCCGCCUUUAUCCCCUCUGUGUUGCGUCUCUCAUCUGCACUCGUCACCGUCUGCUGUACAACACUCCAAUCAGCCGCUCUGUGAGCUCUUAUCUCUGGUUUCUUAAUUCAUUCAACAUUCCACUCAGAGCUACAAUCAGAAAUCACACUUCACCACCUUUGAAGCAAAUGCCAGACUUAAGACCCCGCCCACACCCGCCAAUCUCCCAGCUCUUUCUGGCUCUGUGCAAGAAGCAGCUGACAGCAGCUUAUCCUUGCCUAUGCAGUGCAUUUUACUUUAAUUUGUGAAAACCUUGGUGGGAGAGAGUCAAGCCAUUUAGGGGAGGGGCUCUUUUGGACCUGGUCCUGAUUUAACACACUUUUGGGCUGUUUUUCUGGACGAGGAUUAAGCUGAGAUUUUGAACUUUUAAAUUGGAGACUCGGUCAAAACUUUCUUGCACUGUUUCCAAACCAUACCUUAAUCCCUUCACUAUUCCAAAAUAAAAACUUAGUAAUGUUGGCGUCAUUUCUAACAGCAUAGAUUGCUGAACAGAGAAUUUAUAAUUUGAGAUGUAAUAUUAGGAUUUUGAGAAUAAGUUACUGGAAGUAUCUAAUUACAAUCAUAGACAUAUUUGUUAUAUUGUGGGAGUUUUCAGGGCAAUAACAGUGCUUUAAUUGGACAUAAAAUUGAGGGGAAAGUCACAAAAUGCAACAAAGUAAACGCAGAAUGCGUUCAUCAGCUUAUUCCGUGUUCUAGAAAUCAGUUCAAGUGUCAAAAGGUGUUCACACAGUAGCCAUAUUCAUUUUCAUGCCAUGUUUCACCCUCUUCAGCUGUUGGCAAUUGACCCAAAAUCCAGGAAAUCUUCAGUUACUGUCCUCACAACCUGUUCUUCACUUGGCUUACUUCCUUUCUUCCUUUACCCCCACAUUUUUUUUUAGAAAAAAAUCAUGUUUUAUUUGGAUAUGACUUCUACAGGAAUACAUUUUGAUUCUUGUUUUUAAACGGAGAGAAAAACACAUUCAGCAGUAACACAACCUGUCACAAGUCUGGAUAAAAAAUGGUUCAAAAUGAUAGAAAAAUAUAGCAUCAACCUACCUAGGCCAACAGAUAAAAUGUCAAUGAUUCAUCUGUAAAUAAAAUAUUGAAGUCUGUGUAAAUUAAUCCACCCUCUGUGCUUUCUGUGUUGCCUCUCUCACACACGCACGCGCACACACUCUCAUGCACACUACUUGACAGUAAU